AAAACCUCAUGCAUGUGUGCACACACACAUUUCCUCCUUCAGACUGUGUAAGAUGGAAAAUAAAAUGUUCAUUAUGGAAUUCCCUCCAGUCACGCUCCACUUGUCCAAGCUGCCUGCUCUCGGCCUGACUCUCCUCGUCCUGCUGUUGUACCACUCCGCGGUUUGUCCCUACGAAACCGGAAAUCGCAGCCAGUGUUUGUCUGCUCCCUUUGUGCCUGGCUACAACCUCGCUGGAGAAGGUUUUGACAUUGUCACCCUGCAGCGCAAAGGAGCCUAUUUGAUUGACGUGACGACUUACCUCACUGAAAAUGGCACAUGUACGCUUUACAAAAACCCUCUUCAAGGCAAUCAACUGCAAAAGAUCCCCAUUUCUGUAUGGGACUGGCGUGCAUACAGCCGCUGCAGGUAUCUACUCGAAAACAGUGUCCACACAUCUGUAAGCUCACUGCUGUCAAGCUACUCCAGCCAUGACAGCUUCAGCUGGCAGCUUGGCAUUGAUUAUAAGAAGUUUGUCAACCUGGAGGUUCGAGGAACACGUUCAAGGGCGUAUAACUUCGCUGAAAACCAGAGUAGAUUUGACCGCCACACAUUCAGCAAACAUGAAACCACAUGUAUCCAUUACAGUUACAGACUGUCAAAUUAUCCACCGAUCAGUGCAGAGUUCCAGCGGGAUAUAAUCAGGCUACCUUCUAACUACACCAAUAACACCAGUGUGGAUUACCAGAGGAUCAUCGAUACCUACGGCACGCACUACAUCCGCCAGGUGUCCGCGUGUCCGUGA